AUGUCAUCACGUGUAUCCGCCAUGAUUGGCAGCCGCUUUCUCUCCACCACUUCCCGCGCCCGAACAUCUCUCGCAUCCGACAUCCAGCAGGCUUCCCCUCUAGCAAGGAACACUGCCCCUUUGGUCGCAGCCACUGCAGCUACAGCAGCUAUGACGGCCGCCGCACAAUCAGCGACCCCGAAGCUGGGCAGAAUAGCAAAAUGGUAUCUUCCUGCCAUGGCCGCCUUAGCUCUAGGCAUCACCCUGAUUCCCGACCAACUCUUCUAUGAACCCAGCAAACGUUCUGUUACCCUCGGCGAAUCGAACCGCCGCAUCGUCUACACCGUAGCAGCUCACCUCAACCACCAAAACACCCGUGCCAAUACGGGAUAUGAGCCUACCCAAGAAGAGCGCAACCAAAUGAUGUUGGAUUCCUAUGGAGACCGCUCCAGUCUGGAGGACAUGGAGAAGGCCAUUGCAGGCUACGAAGCCGGCCUCAGGCCCAAGACAGAGUACGAGAAGAAGGCUGCCUUGGAGGAGGCUUACGGAGACCGGAGCAGCCUGAAGAACCUGAGGCGCGCCAUGGCCAUGUACGAAGUGCAAUGAGCCAUCGUUCGAUUUGGCGUGUAGGGUACAUCAUAACGAACAACACUGCUCAAGGCAGCACGGCCGCUUCGAGAAGAGGCCAACACGCCUCUACGAGACUGCUUGGGGAACAGCAUCUCGACCCCAGGUUGUAUCGCGGACAGGCAUCGCACCAUUACUUUCUCUCUUUUUUCUUACUUUCCAUUUGUACAAGGGAUAAGGAAGAUACCCAAGCAUUCGCUCUGGAUAGUGAAUAGCGCGCUCUCC